AUGUUGCAGAGGACAAAUGCAAGGGAACGCGCUACAUUCCGGGAGCGCAUGCAGUGUACCGUGUGCAGCCAGCGCCAUGCUGAGUGCCGAGAGGCGGGAAGCGGGGAGCGGGCCCCGCGCGGCGGGAGCAGGGGGCUCGGCGGCCGGACGAGCCCGGCCCCGCGCGCCCCGCACCCCCCGCCCCGCCCCCCGCCGGCCGUGCAGCCCGCGCGCGCUCGUGGGACGCGGCCUCCCCAGCGGCUCGGGGCCCGGGGGAAGCGGGCGGGCGGGCGGGCGGGGGGCGCGGGGGGGGCUCCCGCGGGGCGCGCGGCCGGGCCCGGGGGGAGGGGCGGAGCGCGGCGCAGGCGCACUGGGCGCCCGGGUCCAACAUGGCCGCCGCGCCGCCGCGGGGAACAUGCUGAGCGCUCGGGGCCGCGCGGGCGGCGGCGAGGGCGGCGGCGGGGGCCAUGGCCCGGCUGGCCGACUACUUCAUCGUGGUGGGCUACGACCACGACAAGCCGGGUGAGGGCGCGGGCGCGGGUGCGGGUGCGGGGGCCGCCGCCGCCGGGCCUCCCUCCCCGCCGGGUCCGGGGCUGCGGGUCGGGUCGGGGUCGCGGGGCGGCGGGGCCGGGAGGAGGCGCCGAGGGCCGGGGCGCCGCUCCUGCCGGAGGAUCUGCGGACCGCGCGCUCCCGGCGCCCUGCCGUCCGCCCCGUGGCCCCUCCGCCGCCGGGAAGGUGCAGGCGGUCGGUCGCCAUUCGCUGCCCCGGAGCCGCGAGCCGGCCGCGCAGCCUUGUCAGCGCCGCGCACCUGCCCGCGCCCGACGUCUGGCGGCUGCACCCAGAGGCCCGACGUCCGUCUGCUGUCCGCGCACCCGCGCUCGCGAGCCCGGGCCGAAUAGCACCGGAAGUGGGGCGGAGACGCAGUGCCCGCCGGAAGUGUGGCCGAGAAGCAGCCCCGCCGGAAGCGGGGCGGAGUGGGCCGUCCUCGCCGGAAGUGUGGCAGCGAAGCGGCCUUGCCGGAAGUGGGGCGGAGGAGGCCGUCCGGGAUCCGCUCAGCCCGUGAGGCACGGCGCUUCCCCUGAGGAAUCUGCGAGCGCGAGUCCCGCUGACAGGGUUUGUGCAGGGGCAGCCCGGGCCCGACGCUCCGCACGCCCAGCUCCCGCGGCUGUCGCGCUGGCUCUUGGCUCCCGGGUGGCCCGGGCCCGGCGCCGGUUCCCCUCACCGUUCUCGCCGCGCCGAGAUCCCUGGCCCACUCGCAGGGCACACUUCACAAGGACAAGCCACCAGCUGGAGCUGCCAGCCAGCACCCAUGGUGACAGCACUUGCCCAUGGGCCACCUGACCUCCCAUGGGGCUCCAAGGCUCCCCCGAAGCCCAGGGCUGGGAACAACCCCUCUCCCAAGUCAGGAGUCCUGGGUCUCUCAGGCACACUCACCGGCCCUCGGCAAGUGUUACCCCUCACGGAGACAUUCACAUCUUGAAGUAGAGGGGAGAGGUCCUCUAGCCUGCCCACAGAGCACGUUCCUAAGGGGCAGCCCCGCAUGCCUUCGUUCAUCACCCGGCGGCCGAGCUUGAGUCCAGUAAGGUCGGCAUCUGGGCUGCUGGUCAGAGGAAGGAAGGCAGCGUGAGGCGUGAGGCCCCGUCAAGCAGAACCCACACCAGCCUCAACCCACAGCCUCUCUGGGAUGACGGGGCUGGAGACGCUGCCCAAGUUCCUGCCACCUAGAGCCCGCUGGCCCCUCCUGGAAAACACGCGCAGCCCUGGGCCCGCGCACAGCCC